CCUCUUCCUCCUCCUCCUCCUCUAAAGAUGUCGCAUGAGCUUCUCCUCUCGCCGCGCUCUUUCUUUUCUUCUUUCUUUUCUUACCCUCCCGCUGUCCGCACCACUUAACCGGAUACGGUCACGUUAGCAGCCCGGUCCUGGUCUCCCCCCCUCCCCACAGCGGAGGUGUUUAAACCCUCACCCGGCGCAUCCUCUCUCUCUCUGUCUCUCUAUCUCUCUGUCUCUCUCUCUCUCUCUCUCACACACUCUCUCUCUCUCUCUCUCUCUCUCUCUCUCUCUCUCUCUCUCUGUGUCUCUCUCUCUCUCUCCUCCACCGCCGCAGAACUCCGCCGACCGACCGUCAGGUGACCGCGCGGAGCGGAAUAUUCAUCAGCACCGUCGUCGUCUUUCAUCUCUCCGCUCAUUUGGACUCCAGGAGACCGGAGCCUCCGCAGCCUGCCCCCUCUGUGUCCUCUCAUCCGGCCUGGGACAUUCUCCGCUCCGCUGGCCGCAGAUUAACGGGGAUUCUGCCUCCCCGCCUGCGCGCUGAUGCUGAUGUCCUUGAGCUCGGCCUGCACGGUCCUGGUGCUGCAGCAGUAGCUACCUCUGAACUGGAUCCACUUCCUGUUUUUUUGGUUUAUCAGCCGCCUUCGCCCUGCUCGCCCCUCUCUCCACCUGUCCAUCGUCCCUCCAUCGCUCCGUCUGUGAGUCCGUCAGCCCGUCCAUGGACUGGCCGUGACCCUGGAGGGAGGGGGACAGAAACGAGGAAAGAGCGGAGUCGCAAAGGAGACGACAGCAGAAAACACUGGAUUUAUUCAGACACCUGGCUUUUGAAGAGCCCCUGCUCGCCGUCCGUCAUCCCCCUCACCCUCCUCCUCCUCCUGUGAUGGAGAAAUAAAGGAGCCGAGGGAGGGAAGGCCCUGACACUGAGGAGGAGCUAAAUAAACCCCCCUUCAUUGCCCUUUAAAACUAUCAAGGAAGGGUUCAGGUGUAGGGAUCACCGCACACUUUAAAGAAGAAAGAAGGAGCAGAGUUUAUGAUCAGUCCUGCAGCGAGCACACGCAGGGGGCACUGAGUUCAGGACAGACUACGGGGAGAGAGGAGGACCACAACACACAAAAAAACUUUCUGACAUGUCAACGACAGCCACCAUGGGAGAAAUGGCAAACAGCGCGGUGGAGUUUUAUCCCAAAGGGAAUCGGGGCGGGAGGGCAGAUGGCAGCCAAGCGGGCGGAGACUUAGGGGUGACGGUGGAGGAGCUCAGGGACCUGAUGGAGCUCCGAGGAGCCGACGCCAUACAGAAGAUCCAGGAAAACUACGGAGACAGCGAGGGACUCUGCCAGAGACUACAGUCCAGCACCACGGAAGGUCUCAGCGGGGACCCUGCAGAUUUGGAGCGUCGGUGCCAAAAGUACGGUCAGAACUUCAUCCCCCCGAAGAAAGCGAAGACGUUCCUGGAGCUGGUGUGGGAGGCGUUACAGGACGUCACACUCAUCAUCCUGGAGGCCGCCGCCAUCAUCUCCCUCGGCCUGUCAUUGUACCAGCCUCCCGGGGAAGAUGGCGAAUCGUGUGGGGAAGCAGCGGGGGGAGAGGAGGAAGGCGAGGGCGACACGGGCUGGAUCGAGGGCGCGGCCAUCCUGCUGUCGGUGGUGUGCGUCGUCCUGGUGACGGCGUUCAACGACUGGUCCAAAGAGAAGCAGUUCCGGGGUCUGCAGAGCCGCAUCGAGCAGGAGCAGAGGUUCACCGUCGUGCGGAAAGGAAACGUCAUCCAGAUCCCCGUGGCGGACAUGGUGGUGGGGGACAUGGCGCAGGUCAAAUACGGUGACCUGCUGCCAGCUGACGGGAUUUUAAUCCAGGGAAACGACCUGAAGAUAGACGAGAGCUCGCUGACAGGAGAGUCCGACCACGUAGGCAAAUCUGUGGAUAAAGACCCCAUGCUGCUCUCAGGUACCCACGUGAUGGAGGGCUCGGGCAGGAUGCUGGUGACGGCGGUGGGUGUGAACUCUCAGACAGGAAUCAUCUUCACCCUGCUGGGCGCCGGAGAGUUGGAGGAAGAGGGGAAGGAUAAGAAAGGUAAACAGCCUGAUGGAGCUGUGGAGAACAAUCAGAACAAAGCCAAGAAGCAGGAUGGGGGUGUUGCCAUGGAGAUGCAGCCUCUGAAGAGCGCAGAGGGAGGCGAGGUGGAGGACCGAGAGAAGAAGAAGACCAACAUCCCGAAGAAAGAGAAGAGCGUGCUGCAGGGCAAACUCACCAAGCUCGCCGUUCAGAUCGGCAAAGCAGGUUUGGUGAUGUCGGCCAUCACCAGUGUGGCUGAUGUUAAAGUCUGUGUGGCGUGCAUUGCAGGUCGCUCGUGGCAGCCCGAGUGCACUCCGGUCUACGUUCAGUAUUUUGUCAAGUUCUUCAUCAUCGGCGUCACUGUGCUGGUCGUGGCCGUACCCGAGGGUCUACCGCUCGCCGUCACCAUCUCUCUCGCUUACUCUGUCAAGAAAAUGAUGAAGGACAACAACCUCGUACGCCACCUGGACGCGUGUGAGACGAUGGGAAACGCCACGGCCAUCUGCUCCGACAAGACGGGCACGCUCACCACCAACCGCAUGACGGUGGUGCAGUCCUUCCUCGGUGACGUGCACCACCGUGUGGUCCCGGACCCUGGACAGGUCAACCCCCGCACUCUGGAUCUGUUAGUCAACGCUAUCGCUAUCAACAGCGCCUACACCUCCAAGAUCCUGCCGCCCGAUGUGGAGGGGGGUCUGGCCAAGCAGGUGGGCAACAAGACGGAGUGCGGUCUGCUGGGGUUUAUUUUAGACCUGCAGCAUGACUACAGCCCCGUCAGGGAGCAGAUCCCAGAGGAGAGACUGUACAAGGUGUACACGUUUAACUCUGUGCGUAAAUCCAUGAGCACGGUGAUCAAGCUGCCCGACGGAUCGUUCCGUCUCUACAGCAAAGGAGCCUCCGAGAUCCUGCUGAAGAAGUGUUCCUACAUCCUGGACACCAACGGAGAGCCGCGCAGCUUCCGCCCUCGUGACAGAGACGAGAUGGUUAAACAGGUGAUAGAGCCGAUGGCGUGCGAAGGCCUGAGGACCAUCUGCAUCGCGUUCCGUGACCUGCCGGCCAAUCCGGAGCCGGACUGGGAGAGCGAGGCGGAGAUAGUGACGGAGCUGACGUGCAUCACCGUGGUGGGGAUCGAGGACCCCGUGCGCCCUGAGGUUCCAGACGCCAUCCGUAAGUGUCAGCGUGCGGGCAUCACGGUGCGGAUGGUGACCGGUGAUAACAUCAACACGGCGAGGGCCAUCGCCGCCAAAUGUGGCAUCAUCCAUCCAGGAGACGACUUCAUCUGUCUGGAGGGAAAAGACUUCAACCGACGAAUCAGGAACGAGAAAGGAGAGAUCGAGCAGGAACGUAUCGAUAAGAUCUGGCCGAAGCUGCGCGUGCUGGCUCGCUCCUCGCCGACGGACAAACACACGCUGGUCAAAGGAAUCAUCGACAGCACGGUGCUGGAGCAGAGGCAGGUCGUCGCGGUAACAGGAGAUGGAACCAAUGACGGGCCGGCGUUAAAGAAGGCCGAUGUGGGCUUUGCCAUGGGUAUCGCGGGGACAGACGUGGCGAAGGAGGCGUCUGACAUCAUCCUGACAGACGAUAACUUCAGCAGCAUCGUGAAGGCCGUGAUGUGGGGACGCAACGUCUACGACAGCAUCUCCAAGUUCCUGCAGUUCCAGCUCACUGUCAACGUGGUCGCUGUGAUCGUGGCGUUCACCGGGGCGUGCAUCACUCAGGACUCGCCCCUGAAGGCGGUGCAGAUGCUGUGGGUGAACCUCAUCAUGGACACUUUCGCCUCGCUCGCCCUCGCCACCGAGCCCCCCACGGAGGACCUGUUGCUACGGAAACCGUACGGACGCAACAACCCACUCAUCUCUCUGACCAUGAUGAAGAACAUCCUGGGACACGGAGUUUACCAGCUCGUCAUCAUCUUCACCCUGCUCUUCAUAGGCGAGCACAUAUUUAACAUUGACAGUGGUCGUAACGCUCCUCUUCACUCCCCUCCGUCUGAGCACUACACCAUCAUCUUCAACACCUUCGUGCUCAUGCAGCUUUUUAACGAGAUCAACGCUCGUAAGAUUCACGGAGAGAGGAACGUCUUCGAUGGAAUAUUCGCCAACCCCAUCUUCUGCUCCAUCGUCCUGGGAACCUUUGCUGUGCAGAUCGUGAUCGUGCAGUGGGGAGGGAAGCCCUUCAGCUGUGCCCCUCUCAACGUGGAGCAGUGGCUCUGGUGUCUGUUUGUGGGAGUUGGAGAGCUGCUCUGGGGACAGGUGAUCGCCACGGUGCCGACGGAGCGGCUGCCGUGCCUGAAGGAGGCGGGGCUUGGCCUGGAGCCCAGCGAUGAGGAAGGGGAGGAGCUCGCUGAGGACGAGGAGGAGAUCGACUGCGCUGAGAGAGAGCUGCGCCGCGGACAGAUCCUCUGGUUCAGAGGCCUGAACCGCAUCCAGACCCAGAUGGAGGUAGUGAGCACGUUCAAGCGAAGCGGUUCGUUUCAGGGAGCGGUGAGACGGCGCUCCUCCGUGCUCAGUCAGCUCCACGACGUAAACACUAUCUCUACCCCCUCUCACGUAGCUCUCUCCACCGCUACAGCCAAUACCAGCCCAGCCCCCGGGAAUGCGGGUGGUGAAAGCGUUCCGUAGUUCGCUGUACGAGGGUCGGGAGAAACCGGAAUCCCGCAACUCCAUCCACAACUUCAUGGCCCACCCGGAGUUCCUCAUCAACGACCUCAUCCACAACAUCCCGCUGAUCGACGACACUGACGUGGACGACGAAUCAGAGCUCAGCAGAUACCAGCACCUGCACCCGGCCCUCCGCAAGCC